UAAUAUUCGCUCUAAAUUCAAGAACAAAAAUUGAAAAAGCGUCCAUGGUCGCCACCAUUACACUACUACAGUACAGAUUCUUUCUUUCUUUUAACAAUGGUGGCCAAAGGCAACAACCCUAUGGAGAAGAAAAAAACCCUAGCGUUUUUUCUCUUCUUCCUAUUCAAAUCUAUAUUCGCCGACGAUGACUGCCGUCCGGCUUCCUGCGGCCCCACCGAACCUCAGGUCCGGUUCCCUUUCCGUCUCCGGGAUCGACAACCAUCUCGGUGUGGAUUCCCCGGUUUUGAUCUAUCCUGUAACAAGAAAAACCGAACACAGCUCAAGCUUCCAUCGUCUCAAUCAUUCAUCGUGAAACGAAUUUCAUACACUGCACAGGUCAUCAGCGUCGAUCCCGACUUCUGCCGACUGGAGAGAAUCGCCGAUACCGAACUAACCGACACACCUUUCGAUUUCAGUCCCGUGGAGAGCUACACUUUUUUCAACUGUACAUCUCAGAAUCUAGGAUUCACGUUCCAGACUGUUCCGAUGCUUCCUUUUCCCUGCUUAGGAAGCUUGAAUCAUUCGGUGUUCGCCGUUCGGACUGGAUGGAUCCCUCUCGGAGACAUUCCGGCGAGCUGUAAACAUAUGUCGACGAUCUCAGUCCCGAUCAGGCGAUACGGCAAUAUCAGAAACGAAUUGACGUUGAUGUGGUUUAGGCCGUAUUGCAAAUCUUGUGAGCUUGAUGGUAGAACUUGUGGAUUGCAGAGUGACGAUGGAGAAACUGCUUGCUUCGGUUCUUCUUCCCAUGCUAUUCCAAGGGGUGCGAUAUACGGACUAAGUUUAGGGAUCGGUAUACCCGCAUUAAUAUGCAUCAUCGGGCUCGCAUUCUACACUUUUAGCAAAAUGAGAAGCUACACCCACCGCCACCGAAUCGACCUAUUCUCAAUCGCGAUCACCCCACAACCACCAUCAACCACCGGCCUAGACCGCCUGACAAUCGAGUCCUACCCAAAAACCCUAUGGGGAGAAAAUCGUAAUUUACCAAAUAAUGAUCCCACUUGUGCCAUAUGUCUUUCCGAUUACGAACCUAAAGAGGCAAUCAGAACAAUCCCGGAAUGUAAUCACUAUUUCCACGCGGAUUGUGUCGAUGAAUGGCUUAAGUUAAAUGCCACCUGUCCUGUGUGCCGGAAUUCUCCGGAAAGUUCUUCGGUUAUGACACCGUGUUUUUCGAUUUCUUCGGAUUCUUCGAAUUCGUCACGUGGAAUUGCUCGAUGA